AUGAAUCAGUCGAUUUCCUUGUAUGGAGAGAGCAGUGUGAACUACCAUGGAAGAGAAGAAGAGCAGCAACUGAUCCAGAAGCUCUUGCUGCUGAGUGAAGAAGAGUCGCAGUAUCUGGUUAUCUCGGGUCAAGCAGGAAGUGGCAAGACCGCACUCAUCGACUACUGCAGUCAUGCGUGGGAGUCAAAUGACUCACAGGACCCAAAGCCAGAACAAUCAACACCGACACCAGAUACUACCGGUACCGGUACUAGUCCAUGUACGAGAAAGAAAGAAGCCAGGUGUAUCAUAUAUGCGGUGGCAAAGUUUGAAGAUCGCCAGUCUGCCCAGCCAUUCACCUUCAUCACCAAUGCUGUCAAUGACCUAUGUCAGAACUGGGCAGCUACAAAGGAAGGAAGACACCAAGCAAGAUUGUUCAGACGAGAAUCGUCGCAGCAAUUUGAUAACUCGAUCUUAUCCGCAUUUCUCCCCAAGCUCUACAAUACGGUCAACGUCACCCUCUCCACAGCCACCAAUGCUGCCACCACGGCUGCCACCGUCGCGUCUACUGCAGCUACUGUUGCAACAUCGGCUACGAUCUCGGCAGCCAAUGUAGCAACGUCAGCCACAAUCACAGCUGCCAAUGUUGCGACCUCGGCCACUAUCACAGCUGCCAAUGUAGCAACUUCAGCUGCAAAUGCAGCUACAGCUGCCGUGCCCGGUGCACUCAGGAGAAUACAUUCCUUUGAUGCCAGUCUCCGUGGAUCCACUGCUUUCGGAUCCAUCAGAGGACCAGGGCAAAUAAUUCCACGCUCUCCUGCUUCCAGACGGAUCCCAAGAUCGUUACGAAGAACCUCAACAGACGAAGAAGCAGGAACCAAACUCGGAGCCAUGGCUGAAACUCCAAUGUCCAAACACCUGCCCAGAAGAGUCAACAGCACUGCAACCUCCGGGACCAGGGGACCAAUACCACUGCGUCGAUACAACACUGAUACGGGAAAGAGAGAAAGCCUGGGUCAAGAGGAGCCACCUCCGCUCAUACGGAGCAAGACAGAAGCCCACACCCACAACAUUCCGAAACCCAUGGCCCUUCGGAGAACCCGGACCGAUACUGGGAAAUGCUCGAGUUUGACGGGUGGUAACCCACUUGAAACAUUGCUGCAGGAGACCAACGAAUCGGACAGCGAGAAUGAAACGAGCUUUAUGGGGCAAGAAGCCCCUACCGGUAGACGUGACGAUACCGACGGUUCGGACAAUGAAAGUGUCGAUGGCACCAGCCGUCCUACUUUUCGAAGAAGCAAUACCACUAUUCGAAAUUCCGCCAACGCCUUUGCUAAUGUUGUUCCCCCGACCCUACGAAGGACGAAAACAGAUGGUACCCACUCAAAAGCUGCCAUUGAUGCCGUCCUUCAAAGUGGUCAAGACAGCGGCGCUCCGUCGGAGCGGAUAUCAUUGUCGUCACUUUCACUUUUGUCCGCGGGAGACAUGCAAAACGAGCAAAUCAUCUUUGCUGUAGGACAAGAGCUCAAAUCCAAAGAAAACAGCUUUGACAGGCUCAAGAGAAUCUUACUGCUGCUAUUGAAAGCCAUGACGAACAACAGCACAGGCAGCAACGACACACACAUUGGCGGAGGUUCUGACCACGCUAGUCGAAACGUCAUGGGGAAGCUGCGAACGGUUGUGAUCUUUUUCGAUGAUCUACAAUUUGCGGACCCGCAGAGUCUUCGUCUUGUUCAAGACUUGGUAGAAGAGAAUAUCCCGGGUUUGUUUCUUGUCAGUGCUUUCCGUUCGGAGGAUGUAAACGCGGACGAUCAGGACGACGAAGAGGAUGACAGCAUGCAUCAGCAAUUGGAUCGGUUGAUUGUGCGACACCCGGUUGUUCGACAGCUGGAUGAAUUGACAAAAGAGUCAAAGCAGGACAUUAGCCGAAGAGUCCACAAGAUGCAUCUCAAGGGGUUUAAACUGGACGAAAUAUGUAAGCUACUGUCUGCGGCCAUGGGCGAGAAAGACCAAACGGGAAAGCUUCUUCCUCUUGCUGAAGUUAUCCUUGAGAAGACACUAGGCAACCCACUGUUCGUGGAACAGUUUGUCCAGAUUCUGCAAAGAGAGGGACAUUUGAAGUUUUCCCUUCUAUCCUGCUCGUGGGAAUGGUCAGAUGUGCAAGAUAUCCGGCAAGCCAUGAAAAUCAUAUCGAGUGAAGUAGCUGAUGCUAUCGUCAGCUCAUUGAAGGAGUUAGACAAGGAUACUCAACGAAUAUUGAAAGUGGCGUCCUGCGCUGGGACGCAAAUACUGCCUCCAGUCAUUGGAAGAUACUUGGAGCUGAUGAAAACGCGCGCCCAGAGCCAAACCACGACAAUGGUGGCCGACGAAGCCAAGACAGAUGACAAAUCGGAACGGCAACUUGAGGUUGUUCUGGAGGAACUGGUCCGUGCCAGGAUCAUCCGACGUCGCGAGGCUGGGUCCAGCGUCUACUACUGGGCACACGCAAAACUACAACAAGCUGCCUUCUCUCUCAUGACGGAAGAGGAGCGAUACCAAGUGCACCUUGGCCUGGGAAAGCUCUUGCUGAAGGACCUCACAUCUCGGACUGAAUCAUCCACGUUGCCAAGAGAGAUUGUGGUGUAUUUGGCCGCCGAUCAACUGAACCAGGUGCCGAUCCCAACGCUGGCUGUCGAAGGGGGGAACAUCCUGCUGUUGGACUUGGCAAAUUUGAACUACGAGGCAGCCAAACUGUCAAUAGCUAAGUCUGCAUUCCACCCGGCCGUCAAGCUUCUCAGAUCGGGGAUCCAUGUCCUGGAGGAAGAGAAUCCGUUUCCAUCGGUGGCAAACAUCUGGUCCCGGAACUACAAACUGGCCCUCGCUCUGCACAACAGCCUAGCCGAGAUGUGUUACACCGUUGGGGACCAUGAAGCCGCCAAAGAAACUAUAGACGAGAUUCUGAGAAAUACGACUUGCAAAGAAGAUCAGUAUCGGGCACAAUCGUGUUUUCUAGAGAUCGUCACCAAUGGCAAGGAUCGGGACAUUUUACAGGGGGCAAACAUGUGCAUUGAAUACCUCAAGCCGUAUGGAAUUGAUUUUCCGAAAAAGGCGACCGACAGCCACAUCUUUAUGGAGAGACGGCGCUUGAAUCAAGUUCUUCCCACUGGUCGGCUGGAAGAACUCUGCCAUCAGAAGUUCAUCUCCUCGUCUGACCCUGGAUCAAAGUGUGUUGCUGUGUUUCUUGGGAAACUGACGUCGUACUCCUUCUUGGCUGGGGAUGGAUCCCUUUGUGAACUGUCAUCGCUCAAGUCCUUUCGCCACGCUCUUAAGAACGGAAUCUCAAUUUACACAGCACUUGCCAUGGCGAUGUAUGCAGCCACGAAGCGACAAAAGCAAAAGUUCGAAAAAGCCUACACGCGAGCCAGCAUCGCAGAAGACAUGCUGAAAGCCCUUGUUGCCAAGCCAGGGCACGAUAUGAUCAAAGCAAGAGUUCUGGUAUCGAUCCAUGGAGGUCUCAUUCCCAUGAAGAGGCCCAUUCAGGACAGCCUUGACCCAUUUCUGGAAGCCCACCGAUCUGGUAUGCGAAGUGGUGACGUAGAGUAUGCAGCUCUAGCAACCAUGAUGUACGGGUACAGUUACCUUUUCUGCGGUUUGCCGUUGGGACAUUUGGAAGCUGACAUGGCAUCGUAUGCAAACCGCAUUGUCGCGUCUCAGAACCCAGUCUCGUUGCAAGGCGGAGCCAUGGACAAGGCUGAGACUUUUCUGUCCGUGAUGCAAGGACAUGCGCAGUCCAUGACACUUCGAGAUACGUGUAUUUUUCGUUUAUUUUUGGCGUGUGUCUAUGGCGAUUAUGUGACGUGUGAAGAACUGAUUGAGAAGCUUUCGGCGUUCCCCCAUUUCAACCCUUGCAUUGUUCGCAUGCACAUUCGACAUGCUUUUACCGGGUGUGCCGCAUUUGCCAUUGCGCGAUCCUCGUCUGGACCGAAGAAGAGCAAGUUUGUUGAGAUUGGGAGGUCUUCCCUCAAGUAUUUCCAGGAAUAUAGCCAGCAGGGUUCCUUGAAUGCGUAUCCAAUCAGCGAGUUUCUGUCUGCGGAAGAGACGCCUUCGAAAGCGAGUUUUGACAAGGCAAUCAGCGUCUGUGCCCGGAGUGGGUUGAAGAGUUUCGAGGCCAUGUCCAACGAGAGUUGUGGGCUGUACUUUUUGGAUCAGGACGACGAGGAUUGGGCUGCGUUUUACUUGGUGCGAGCAGUAGAACUGUAUGAGGAGUGGGGCGCUCGUGGCAAGGCUAAGAGGGUUCGAUCUGUGUAUCCCUUUGUGAAUGCCGCCCUGGUAGAGAAAGAAGGUGAUUGUGCAAGCCAUCGGAGCACGAGCGCAGGUCUCAAGGGCAAGAGAACGUACCGUCCGAGUACAUUUGACAAGACGAACGAGGUCGUGUUUGGCAGCCAAGAGCUGAACGUGUCUGGUGCCUUGGCUGACGAUUCUGAGCUUUCCUCCACUGGCAAAUACUCCUCUUUCUUUUGA